ACUGCUCAUGCAACAUCUGCAUAUGACCACUGUGCUUUGCAACCAACAAAAAAACUAAAAAUCCAAAACUUAUCCCUCACAGGUUCUCAGAAAGAAAGGUGCACUAGUCUCAGAGAAGUAAGGCUUUCAUUUAUACCAAUGCGCCGCCUAAAAAGAUACGAGUCCUUUUUCUAUUUGUGCGCGCUUGCCUUUAUUUUAAGCGCCCAGCAAGUACGACGUUUUUAAAGACCCAUUUUUUGCGCAGAAAAUGAGGAUCGUCGUUUUUAGAUUUGUCGCGCUUUUGUUAUUUGGCUUAUUGGGUUGCGUUGUGCGCGCUUUACGCACUGAGGCGCGCUCUGGGUCUGUGGAGGCAGCACGCGCUCCACCGGCAGGUGCCUCGCGCCUGGCGAUACGAUGGACCGCUAACGGGCGCGUGUAUAACCUCCUGAGCCGCGGUUCUGAGUAUCUCCCGUCGCGCGGUCGUGGGACCGUGGACGCGAACAAACCCACGCUGGUGAUCCGAGUUUCGAACAAGACCGCGCCGAUUGUCGCGGGCGCGCACGCGGAGUCCGGAUCGGAACCGGCGCACACUCAAGCCGCGCAAACCGGCAACGGAGACGAGAUGAUGGCAGACAGUCCGUACGACCCUUACAAGUCCAUUCGCAACGAGCUCUAUAACCCGUAUUACAACUAUUACGACUCUUACUACCAUCCCAGACAGAGGAACAGAGCUAGACACGGCUAUGGGACGAGAUUUUAUCAGUAUGGUCUUCCAGAUCUGAUUCCAGACGCGUAUUAUGUAGAAACUUCCACUUAUAUACAGAGAGUGCCAAUGUACAACCUUAAAUGCGCAGCUGAGGAACACUGCUUGACAAGCUCAGCUGCGCAUGCGCGGGACUACGACACCCGUGUCCUACUCAGGUUUCCCCAGCGUGUGAAGAACCAGGGGACUGCUGACUUCCUUCCCAGCAGACCACGACACGCAUGGGAAUGGCACAGCUGCCACCAACACUACCACAGCAUGGAUGAGUUCUGUCAUUAUGAUCUCCUGGAUGCUUCCACCCAGAACAAAGUAGCCGAAGGCCACAAAGCCAGUUUCUGUUUAGAAGAUACCUCCUGUGAUCCUGGAUAUCAUAGGCACUAUGCCUGCACAUCACACACUCAGGGCCUGAGCCCAGGAUGUUAUGACACCUACAAUGCCGAUAUUGACUGCCAGUGGAUUGACAUUACUGAUGUCAAACCCGGAAAGUACAUUCUCAAGGUAACUGUGAAUCCAACCUACCAGGUUCCAGAGUCAGAUAUUACCAAUAACAUAAUGCGCUGUGACAUUCAGUAUACAGGCAAUUACGUCCAUACAUCUGGGUGUAGGAUAUCUCAAUACUGAUCGCGGAGAAUUGCCAUCAAACCAAAAAUGUUGGUGAUUAAAAACACCUCAUCCACCGCAAGCACAAGCACAGAUGCCUGAUGGGGAAUUUGAAGGAUCAAAUGUUGCAUAGCAGUGUUGAUUAUAUUUGUCAUUUUAAGACUGGACAAUUUGUUAUUUAUAAUUAAAAAAUUAAAUUACAGUAACAGUACAGUAUCUUAAAAGAUCUAAACAUUUAUAAGAUUUUAUACCUUUAUACCAUUUUAUAUAUAACUUUUA